AUGAGAUUGAAUCCAAAAAAUGUGUUGCUGAUCGACGAUUUCGAUGGUACCAUUACGACAAGUGGUGAACUUCUAACCUGGGGCAAACGAAUUGCUUUGCAUUUUAAAAAUUUACAACUACGUCAUGAUGAUGUUGUGGGUAUAUCGGCACGCAACACCACCCAUUUGACAUCGGUUGCAUUGGGGUGUCUCUUCAAUUGUACUCCCUUUCAUGCGAUAAAUCCGAAUUUUCAAGAAGAUGCCCUUAGCCACUGCUUUGGCAUAACAAAGCCUCAAAUAAUUUUCUGUGAUGGGCGUGAUUAUGAAAAAAUUAAAAUGGUUACCAAAUCAUUUGGGCCCACAAUUUACACCGUAUCGGAACACAUUGAUGGUGUACCAUCGGUACUGGAUCUAUUGCAGCCAUCGAAAUUGGAACAUUUUUAUCAACCCGCAGAACCAACAUUGGGUGGUGAUCAAACCGUUGCCAUUCUAUGCUCUUCGGGAACAACAGGAUUACCAAAAGCUGUUACUAUGUCAGCAUAUAAAUUAUCAUUUGAAAAUCUCUUUACAAACAACGAUACGGUCUUUUACACCUCCAGCGGUUUGGAUUGGGCAACAGGUCUGCUGAGUCUUCUGCAAAACUGUUAUAACGGUUUUACCCGAAUUAUAAAUCGUAAACCAUUCCAAGCUGACGAAUUUGUCGAUAUGAUGGUGAAAUAUAAAAUAUCCUCGGCAAUAUUGGCUCCAGUCCAUUUAGUCGAACUUCUUGAUUGUCCAACAUUUACCACCGAAAAUAUGUCCGCCUUACGGUCGGUAACAUGUGGUGGCGGUUUUGUCUCCAAACAGGUGAUUGAAAAGAUCCUUAAGGUAAUGCCACAAUUGUUGAUAAUCAUUGGCUAUGGAUUUACCGAAGUUGUCGGAGUAUCGCUUAAUAUUGGUGUUCAACGUGAAAAUUCGGUGGGUAAACUCCUACCCAAUGUCCAGAUGCGUAUUGUGGAUGAAGAGGGUCGCAAUUUGGGUCCCAAUGAAACGGGUGAAAUUCUAGUACAUGUUCCAUACUCGUGGUCAGGUUAUUAUGGCAAUCCCAUGGAGACACAACGUAUGCAGGAUUCUCAGGGAUGGUACCACAGCGGCGAUUUGGGUUAUAUCGAUGAUGAUGGUUACCUCUAUAUUGUUGAUCGCAAAAAGGAUAUUUUGAAAUAUAAUGGUCUGCAUUAUUGGCCGGGGGAGAUUGAGAAUGCCAUUCGAGAACUACCUGAUGUUGUGGAUUGUUGUGUGGUGGGCGUAUUCGAUGAGCGUUAUGGUGAUGUGGCGGGUGCCUUGGUAUUGAAGAAAAGUGAGAGUAAAUUGGCAGCAAAAGAAAUUGUCGAACAUGUUCGGAAUCGUUUGGUGGAACCACACAAACAGCUGCAUAAUGGUGUUUAUUUUGUCGAUAAGUUGCCUCAGAACAAUAAUGGUAAAAUUUUGAAACGUGAAGCAAGGGAGGUGCUUAAAGCACUGAUUAGUAAAACGGCAUUGGAUCGUUGA